GCGUCAAAUCCUACAUGGUCUACAAUAUAACGCGGUGGCUCGCGAGGUACCGAAUCACUCGUUCAUUGGCAAGACUCGGUGAAAAUCAGAAUCCAGCCUUGGAAUCAGAUCUUUCCAAGCCAAAUCCACCGCCACCAUUUCAAAUUUUCCGUCAUGAGUUCUUCGGCGCUUUCAGGAGGCACAGGCAAUUUUUCCGGAUUUACGCGGCUGUGCAAGGGCCUUGCUGUGGUAAUUGUUGGUGGCCAUGUUGUGGUGCAAUUUUUCCCUUCAGCCGUUGCUUAUCUAGCCCUUAUUCCUGCUAGGACAAUACCUUUCGCUUGGAAUCUAAUAACAUCCGGUUACAUUGAACAAACCAUAUAUGGGACGGUGGUCAGCACAGUUGGUCUUCUUUUUUUGGGAAAGCUGCUUGAACCCAUAUGGGGCACUAGAGAAUUCUUGAAGUUCAUCUUUGUAGUUAACUUUCUAACUUCUGUGUGCGUUUUCAUCACAGCUAUCGCCUUGUACUAUAUAACAAGGCAGGAAAAUUACCUUUAUAUGCCUCUUUCUGGCUUCCACGGAGUCCUUUCAGGUUUCCUAGUUGGCAUAAAGCAAAUCAUCCCUGAUCAAGAGCUUUCCUUAUUUUCCCUCUUGAAAAUAAGAGCAAGGUGGUUGCCGUCUCUUAUGCUAUUGCUAUCCAUUGCAAUAAGUUUCUUUACAACAGAGUCAGCAGCAUACCUUCCAGCCUUAAUAUUUGGGACAUACAUGGGCUGGAUUUACCUCAGAUACCUACAGAGAAAACCAGAAACAAGACUUAAGGGUGACCCAAGUGAUGAGUUUGCAUUCUCUACAUUUUUCCCUGAAUUUCUAAGACCAGUGAUUGAUCCCAUUGGAUCAGUAUUUGGACGAUUAUGUUGUGGAAGAUUUGAAAUUUCUGAUGAGGAUAGGGGUCACACCUUGGGAGGUGCCCCAUUGCCUGGCUCUGAUCCCAUUGAAGCAUCUAGAAGAAGAGAAAGAGGUGCUCGAGCACUGGAAGAAAGGUUAGCAGUUGAGAGGUUGACUGCUGGAGAGAGCGCAAAAGAAUCAGGAAGAGAUGCUGUAGAGGAUGUUUAGAAUCUUUGGAAACUUUACUUUCAAAAGUGUAUGCCUUAGCUACUCAGAGAGGUUGUGUAAUAGCUGGAGAUGCUUCUUUUUUGGGUUACGGAAUAUGGUUUUGUCAUGCAAUUAGCCUGCUAUUAUGAUCCUCUUGGUACAA